UCCUUCUCUCUCUCGUCGUCCCUUCCUAUUCUCUCUGGUUUCUUUCGAUAGUUAAAAUGGAGCAAGCAGCGUUGAAGAGCAGCAUCAGGAAAGAGAUGGCUUUCAAAUCGACUCUUCCGGUUUACGAAGAUUAUCUUUCCGUCACCACCGCUCAGAAUGGUUUUUCCCCCGACGAUUUCUCCGUUGACGACUUGCUUGACUUGUCAAACGACGACGUUUUCGCCGACGACGAUACUGACCUCAAGCCUCAAGACCCUGUCAUGGUCCGUGUUUCCUCUGAGGAGGAGGAGGAGGAAGAGGAGGAGGAACUCAACGACGACGGAGACGCUCUCCCUCGUUGCAUCGAUUUCUCCGGCUCUCUCCCUACAAGCGAACUCUCUGUUCCGGCUGAUGAUUUAGCCAACCUCGAGUGGCUAUCUCAUUUCGUGGAGGACUCCUUCACGGAAUACUCGGGUCCAAACCUCACCGGAACCCCGACUGAGAAACCCGCCUGGUUAACUGGGGACCGGAAACACCCUGUCACUCCUGCCACCCAAGAGUCCUGUUUCAAAUCCCCUGUUCCGGCUAAAGCCCGUAGCAAACGUCACCGCAACGGAGUCAAGGCCUGGUCACUUGGUUCUUCGUCCUCUUCGGGUCCUUCUUCCUCCGGUUCGACCUCCUCCUCCUCCUCCUCUUCUGGUCCUUCCAGCCCCUGGUUCUCCGGCGCUGACCUGUUCGAACCAAUGGUCGCCUCCGAGAGGCCACCGUUUCCCAAGAAGCAUAAGAAAAGGUCGGCCGAGUCAGCUUUCUGCGGGCAGCUGCAACCUCAGCGGAGGUGCAGCCACUGCGGCGUUCAGAAAACUCCGCAGUGGAGAGCCGGGCCAAUGGGAGCCAAGACCCUGUGCAACGCGUGCGGUGUCCGGUAUAAGUCGGGUCGGUUACUUCCUGAAUACAGACCCGCUUGUAGCCCGACAUUCUCGAGUGAGCUCCACUCCAACCACCACCGGAAAGUCAUGGAGAUGAGGCGGAAGAAGGAGCCAACCAGUGACAGCGAGACCGGUUUAAACCAGCUGGUUCAGUCCCCACAAGCUGUACCAAGUUUUUGAAGAAAUAGGGCCUUUAAUUAGAGCAGAGAUUUAGAGAUCCCGAACCGGUUUCAGUUGUUAGCCCCAAGUUAGUUUCUCAUUGACUUGUUUCUUGUAUAUCAGUACUUUCAUUAUAUAUUUUUUUAGCAUUUUUACUUCUUUGUUACCGUAGUUUUUUUUUUUUUCAUUCUAGCUAGGAGUCUCGGUUAAGUUCUUAGUAACUGAUUAGGUCAAAAUCUCAGUUGUAUUGUACUCUUUUUUCAGUUUAAAUUUUACCAUUUCAAUUCAAUUCUCUGCGUUAUAAAA